AUGCGCGAGGAAUGCAAGGGUGCGCCUCCCGAAGGUUUCUGGUAUUGGUACCCUGCUCUCACCUCUCUCCUGAUGGUUGCUGAACCUGCCUGGCCUGGAUACAGCACAUCUACCCUUGGCAUGAACACGGACCCAGGGAUUGUGACGGAUUUCAACGUCUUCCGUAAGGAAGUCCUGGACCGCGUCAACCAAGGAGAGGCCAAAUGGAAGGAAAGCUGGACUAGAGAACUGGAUGGUGUUAAGCGAGAGAUCGGCCUUCUGAAGGAGGAUGGAGAGAGACACAGGCACAUGUCUGAGACUUGGGUGACUGAAAAGGUCACUGAUGUGGCCCAAAAGGUAGCUAAACUCAAGGACAGUGUGUCAUACCUCAGAACUGCCCAUCACAACCUCGAACAACGCCUGGAUGGUCAAGAAAACACCAAUGCUCAGCUGAAGAAGGAGCUCACUGAUUGGCUGAAGCGAGAGCUCCGAGCAGGUCUUGGACAGGAUGCAGGAAGCGUUGUUCUGCGUCCUGAACUGCAGGGGGCGCUGGAGGCUCUGGAGAAGAGGCUGCUGCAGCAUCUGGCUGAAGAGGUGCACAAGGAACGUGGCAACAUGUGGAGGAUUGUGGGAGAGAGCCUGCAGAAUGAAGGACUAGGCUCCAUAACGGUCAAGCAUGUCCAUGAGAUUGUUCAGAGGGCAUUGAGCCUUUAUAGAGCAGAUGGAUCUGGCAUGGCUGACUACGCUCUGGAGUCUUUGGGUGCUACUGUGAUUGGUUCACGGAGUUCGGAAACAUACCGCACCAGGUCUCCAUGUGUCAGCCUGUUUGGAGUGCCACUGUGGUACGCUUCAGAGAGUCCACGCACUGUUAUACAGGUAACGCAAUAG